AUGAGUUCAAAAUCAGCGAAAAAAUGUGGCGAGCAGCAGAAGAUCCGAUGCUACAGUGUGACCGACCCCUCGCUGCACCCACGCGGCCACACAGUCUACAAAGUCGUCGAGAAGAUCUUGGAUGUCAAUGCAUUUGAUGAAGCUCAAAAAGAAUCGAUAACUUGGAAGAGGUACAAUGAAUUUUACAAACUCUACCUCAGUAUGUCAACACUCCACAAGCUGCUUCAUAGGAGGGAGGAGUUUCCUGAUUUUCCUAAACCUAAUGCUUUUGCGAGGUUUGACGAGUGCGUGAUAAAAGACCGAAUGCAGAGUUCGCAGGACCUUCUCAACUUCAUCGGCCAGAGGCACUACCUCGUUAACAGCAAGCCAUUUCAGCAGUUUUUCAGAGAUGCAGUAGCAUUAACGGCAGAAUCGCCUCACUCCGAUGGCGAUUUGCCGCCGCCGCUACAACCAGCCACAACUUCCGUGACGUCAUCGUCGUUACUCACACCAUCAACACCAACCAGCAGCAACAACAACAACUGCAACAACAACAACUGCAACAACAACAAUAGAACAAUUAUAAACAACUCUAAGACACAAAAAUACUCCACUAUCAGCACCACCACUUCUACACCCAGCAACAACAACAACAUCAACCAACAUUCCAAUAACACUGAUAAUAAUUAUUAUGGAGAUGAAUACGACGACGAUGACGACGAAUACCACAACAUCAGCAACAUCAAAAUGAGAGCCAAGUGUCACGGCAUCAAUCCAAUCGAAACAGAAAAACGCGCUCCUCCUACUACUUACAACAAAACAAACAGCAUCGCCAGUACCAAAAACUUCAACAAACCACUACAACAACAAAUAACCAACAACAACACCAACAACAACACCAACAACAACAACAGCAGCAACAACAACAACAGCAGCAACAACAACAACAGCAGCAACAACAACAACAACAGUAGCAGCAGCAAAUCAUUUUCUCCAAUCCGAGCGCUAUUUCAGAGUGGCAGCAGAAGAUUCAAAGAUCUCUUGUCUGUCUCAUUCCACGCUGGCUCCAGCACACAGCAAUCAAACGAUGAUGUGGACCGGCCCUCGCAGCAGCAACAACGGCAACAAACUACCCCUUCAAUUUGCACUAGCAUGAGUACCAACAGUCUCAACAGAAACAACAGCAGCAACAAGCCCGCCAUUGCCUACUACUUCAGAAACAACAACGCCAGCGGUAGCCACACCAGCCACAUCAACAACAGCAGUAGCCACACCAGCUACAGCAAACAAAUGAAAGCAGCUGCAUUGUGGAAGGUUCAGGCGGCCCAUUUCGUCACCACCCUCCAGAACAAACCUUACAUCGUUGAGGCCGCCCAACUUCUCAAGAAUGCCAAGAUGAAGGAAGCUGAUGACGAGUACGAAGCGUCAUUCGCCCUCUACAAGGCUGCCAUUGCCGUGCUAAUUAAUGGCGCGCAAGAUGACGAGGACAUGGAGUGUGUGGAUUUCGUGAAGGGUAAGAUAUCAAAGUACUUGAAGAAAUCUGAGGAGAUGAGUAGAUUGCACCUCAACUAUCACCACCUGCCACUCCAUCACCACCGUCAUGAACCGCGUUAUCUUCAUCUAAAGGUCAUCGGGGUCGUUGAGAAGGUCAUGCUGGUGAAAGAUAGUAGGAAGAAAGCUGAUGAUGAUUCUACUACUUAUGUCAUUAAAGCCUACCACAAAAGUGGCGUGCCUCCCGCACCUUCCCACGCCACCCUCCUCCCCACCAACAUCCCCAACAUGGCCGCCGUCUUGAAUUAUUUUGAAAACGAGACUGCCUACUUUGUCCUCUUGUCCUUCGUCUCUGGGGGACCCCUCUGGCCGCGUUUGGGUGAAUACUCUACAAUGAACAGGGAUGUGCUUGGGGAUAAUAAUAAAAAUAAUAAUAAUAGUAAUAAUAAUAAUUGUAAUAAUAAUAAUAAUAAUUGUAAUAAGGAUAGUUGGCUAUCGGUGAGCAAAGAUGAUGAUGAUGAUGAUGAUUUCUUUAAUGAAAGUGAUGAUUUGAAGGGAAGAAGAAAUUACAACAACAGCACCAUUAACAACAACAACAACAACGCAGAAGAUAAGAAGUUUAUUGAUGUGAUGGUGGGCAGUGAUGUCUUCAACAUGCCAGAUGUCCACAACAACAACAACGACAACAACAACUUUGAUGUUGUUUGCAGUGUUGACGAGAGUACGUUCUACAGCAGCAAACAUCAACAACAAACACGUUCCCUCUCGGCCACGAGUUACGACAACGUCCACCAACAACCACAGCCAUACCAGCAGCAACAGCAGCAUCGCAGAACAGACUCCGUCGCGAGCAACACAGAUUCACUGAACUUUGAUUUCCAGUAUUUGUUGCAGAAGCAUUCGCAACAGAGUACAAUCAGCAUGUUCAGUAUCAACAGUUCGGGCAGCGAGCAAACGCCGUCGGUCAAAUCCUUCAAGGACACAAGCAGGUUGCUGUUACAAUCGGAUGUUGUUGAGGAAGUUUGCGAGGUUGUUGAUAAGCAACCGACCAAUCAGGUAGGUUGCACAUCAGCCGACCGAACCUCUCCUGCGAAUGCAGUUGAAGAAGGAUUGCUGAUUGACCUGUCGCCUGAUGACCAAACUGACCAGCAAUUGAAUGAUUCGGUCGCUUUGAUUGCUUCUUCUGAUUUAUUAGCUCCAAUGGAAGUGGCCACAACAACUUCAGUGGCCACAACAACUUCAGUGGCAGCAACGUUUACAUUAGCAUCAUCAACAACAACAACGACAUCUUUAGCAACAAUAGCAUCGACGAAUGUAACAACGACAACGCAAUCAACAUCAGCUGAGACAUCUUCACAACCUGCAGAUGAUAACACAUUCUUAACAACAUCAUCGUCUUCAUCAACAUCAUCGUCACAAGCGACAGCAUCAUCAACUUUAGCAUCCUCAUUGUCCUUAUCUUUAUUAUCAUCUUUCGUCACGACGACAACAUCAGCACUCACAUUAACAUCAGUCCAGACUCUACCGUCACCACGUCCAGCCGUGCCCUCUCCCCUAUCAUUGCCACCACCCCCACCAGCAGCAUCAUCAUCAUCACCACCGCCCCAUCAUCAGUUGAGGAUGAACAGACCACACAUGCCUCAAUCAUUUUCUUGCACCCAACUUUCUGUCGAUGUCGCCAAGUGCGAUAAAUAUUUCUCAACAAAUGUUGACAGCGUUAAGAAACGACUCUCAACAAAUUCAGAAGUCCUCAACAAUGUUGCGGUGCCUGAAAAUGUCGCGAAGUUGUUGCUGGCAGAUGUCGUUGUUGCCCUGGCUGGGCUGCAUUCGGCUGGCGUCGUCUGCAGGGAUUUGAACCCGGGCAAUCUGCUACUAAACAACGAAGGUCGUGUCAUCUUGACCUACUUCUGCCAGUGGAGUGACGUCACAAGACGCCUCAGCCAAUCAGCCGUUGAGAACUAUUUCGUAGCUCCGGAACUUUCCAAUCCCUUCUACUAUUCAAACAGCAACGCAUGUGAUUGGUGGAGUUUGGGAGCCCUCAUGUUUGAAAUGCUGGCGGGGGAGAGUCUGAAGCAGAGUCAGCCGUGCGGCAUCACUCGCCAUAGCAUGGACAUCAUUCCAAGUUAUCUGUCGCCGGACGCUCAAUCGCUAUUGAAGCAACUUCUGGUGUGCACUCCGACCGAGAGGAUCGGAUUGAAUGGGAUCAUGUCGCAUUCCUUCUUCAGUGGCAUCAACUGGAAUGAGAUGAUGACGAAGAGCGGGAAUUGAGAUCCAGUGAAUGCUUUGUUGUUUUGCUUUGAGUCCUGUAAAAAGUAUCAUCUUGUUCGUUCAUGUUUCAACUUCGUCGUUUUUAACAUCAGUAACAUCAUGCUGCAUCCGUUGUCUGCAUCCGUUAAGUGGUGCGUGUGCCAUUCUAUCGCCAUAUCUCACUGUUCACUUUUACCAAAUGAAACCGACGAUGAUUUUUACGAGAAUUUCUUUUUAGUUAAAAUUCCUGUUGAUCGUGCCUGUAGCGUAAUGGAACGCUGUUAUUGAUUUCAUUCUUGCCCAUCCUUUUGUGCUUAACUUAUGACUCUGUGGCUUCAUUUUCGUGGUCGAGUAUUCAUUUAUUAAUUCUCGAUGGAUCGUUACGUCUGUUUUAAUUCGCGUUUAUUUUAUUUUAUUGAAAAUAUUCCAGGAAAUUUUUAAAUGUGCAUAAAUGACGUUUUACAUCAUUUGGCUUGUUUUAUUCUGCCUGCUACUCAUUUCAUAUGUCUCUCUCCCUGUUUAGAUGACCAUGUGCAACACACACACAUACAUACACACGCACAUACACACGCACACAUACAACCAACCCUCACACACACAAACACAACACACACACACACAAGAAACAGGGUUUCAUUCAUACCAAAUUUAUCAUUAU